GGCUGUCAUAGUGUCACCAUUUGAAAGGCAUUCAUUCAUUCACUUUCAACUCCAUCCAUCCAUCCACCUAGUGUACACUCUAGAAUACACCCUUUUUUUUCACAACACAGCUAAAAAGUAGUGACUAGAGAUAGCCCCUUCCACACCACUUCUCCAAGUCCCACACACACUCCUUUAUCACACACAUCUCUCUCUCUCUCUCUCUCUCUCUCUCUCUCUCUCUCUCUCUCUCUCUCUCUCUCCACCCAGAGGACCAGUUUCUUUCAUAGACAUCAAAAUUUUGAUAAUGUAAAACCACUUCACAUAAAAGGAAAAAAGUCCACUCAAAACUCAGCUCAAAAAACACUCUUUUGAGUCACAAAAAAGUUCUCAAUUCAAUGGCUUCAUCUAAACCUCUCUUCCUCUUCCUCAUCAACAUUUUUUUCCUUCUCACACUCACUUCUGCAGAAGACGCAUUCGUUCCCUACAACUUUGAAGUUUCCUACAUCACUGCAUCACCUCUUGGAGUACCCCAACAGGUAAUUGCUAUCAACGACCAGUUUCCAGGUCCUACUAUUAAUGUAACAACAAACAACAAUGUUGCUGUUAAUGUCCGAAACAAAUUGGAUGAGAGUCUCCUCAUUCAUUGGUCUGGGAUUCAGCAGAGGAGGAGUUCAUGGCAAGAUGGUGUUCUUGGAACAAAUUGUCCUAUUCCACCAAAAUGGAACUGGACUUACAAUUUUCAAGUGAAGGAUCAGAUUGGAAGCUUUUUCUACUUUCCUUCACUUCAUUUUCAAAGAGCAGCUGGUGGAUUUGGUGGUUUCAUCAUCAACAACCGUCCUGUUAUUUCGGUUCCUUUUGAUACUCCUCAAGGGGACAUUGUUGUUUUUAUUGGAGAUUGGUACACUCGUAAUCACACGGAUUUGAGAAAGGAUCUAGAUGAUGGAAAAGAUCUUGGCAUGCCGGAUGGUGUUCUCAUAAAUGGAAAAGGCCCUUUUAGAUAUAAUGAUACACUUGUUCCUGAAGGCAUUGAUUUCGAACAGCUCGAUGUUCAACCUGGAAAAACUUACCGGUUACGUGUACAUAAUGUUGGAAUAUCAACCAGUCUGAAUUUCAGGAUUCAGAAUCAUAACUUACUUCUAGCAGAAACUGAGGGGUCAUAUACAGUUCAACAGAACUACACUAGCUUAGAUAUUCAUGUUGGACAAUCUUAUUCUUUUUUGGUAACCAUGGAUCAGAACGCAAGUUCCGAUUACUAUAUCGUAGCAAGUGCGAGGUUUGUGAAUGAAUCGCGUUGGAAAAGAGUUACUGGUGUUGGUAUCUUGCAUUAUACAAAUUCCAAGGGGAAAGCAAAAGGUCCUUUACCAGCAGGUCCCGAUGAUCAAUUCGACAAAACCUACUCAAUGAACCAAGCAAGAUCCAUCAGAUGGAAUGUAUCAGCCAGUGGUGCUCGUCCAAACCCACAAGGAUCAUUCAGAUACGGUUCGAUCAACGUGACAGAUAUUUACGUAUUAAAAAAUAAGCCACUAGUGAAAAUUGACGGGAAGCGACGAGCAACACUUAGUGGAAUCUCUUAUACCAACCCUGCCACUCCACUCAGGCUUGCUGACCAAUUCAAAGUAAAGGGAGUAUACAAGCUCGAUUUCCCCACGAAGCCUCUAACCGGAUCUCCUCGGAUAGAAACAUCAGUAAUCAAUGGAAGCUUUAGAGGAUUCAUGGAAAUUAUUCUGCAGAACAAUGACACCAAGAUGCAUACCUAUCACUUGAAUGGAUAUGCAUUUUUUGUAGUAGGGAUGGACUUUGGUGAUUGGUCUGAGAAUAGCAGAGGUACAUAUAACAAGUGGGACGGAAUAGCUCGUAGUACAGCACAGGUUUAUCCUGGUGCAUGGACAGCAGUUUUGGUCUCCCUCGACAAUGUUGGAAUUUGGAAUCUGAGAACGGAAAACCUUGAUUCAUGGUAUCUUGGUCAAGAAACAUACAUCCGAGUUGUCAACCCUGAGCCUACAAACAAGACCGAGUUACCAAUUCCAGACAACGCCCUAUUCUGCGGCGCCCUUGCAAAGAAGCAAAAGCAACAAAUAAUUUCUUCAGCUGCUUCAUUCAAUGGAAAUGGAGUAAAGUUGUUAUUCACUUUGGUGAUGUUUGUAUGUGCCAUAAUCAACAUUUUUCAGUAAAAGCACAUCCACUCUUAAUUAGUUGCUUUGAAAGAGUUUGGUUUUGUUGGUGAGAUUUGUGGUUGAAUUCUUAUUCUUGAUUUUUUUUAGUCUUGUUUAUAUUUUGAAGUGAUUUUGAUUUGUAUCAUGUUAUUAGCUUAAUGUAUUGUGGUUCCCAGUUUAAUUGUUUGGGACACUUGUAAUUCUUUUAAUGCCUGUAAUUGUUGUAGUAAUGACCAAUCACAUUCUUCAUACAUGAAACUUGCCAACACGGUUUCCACUUCA